AUGUCUUCUCUUUCUUGCUCCUCGUCCUCUUCUUCAUCACAAGAGGACCUUUCGACCAACAUGCGCGACGAAAAGGACGACGUGGAACCCGUGUUCACCACUAUGCCCACCAGACGCGCGCGCUCCUCGGGCACAAUUGCACGCACUCCUGCAGGCGGUCUGAGCUUUACGUCUAUCAACGGGACUACUUGUAUCAGUAACAGCAGCGGAGAGAGCGUGUCGCCAAUCUCCCGUCGCACGCCUUCGUUCCCAGUUUCACGUCCAAUUAGGCCCUUUGAUUCAAUUUCCAAUGCCAUGGGCACCCAGCCCAAGCGUGUCUCUCCCACAACAGAGGCACCAUUUGCUGCUUCGAAAACACUAGACAGUGUCCAAAAGCCAAAGGCUGUCGAACCAGAGUCAAAGCCAAAGCCAUGGAGGAGCAGCAAACUCCUCGAACCCCCGAAGAAUAAUCGUUUCCAAAACGGUUUCUUCAUUCUCGACAUGACCCAGGACGAGUUCAAGUCUAGGGCAUGGUAG